AUGAACAGGUUCUUUGUCCAGUUCAAUUUUGUCCUGUUGAUCUACUGUAUGAUGCCUUGUGAUUGCCUGUUCGUGACAGCUGGCUAUUGCACAGUUGCCUUCGCCGCCUACAAGAUAGGCAUAGCAGUGUUCAACAUUUUAUGGCCUUACGUGAUCAGAACACCUGUUGAUCUGCAUGAGAAGGCUGGAGCGAAGUGGGCAGUUGUCACUGGCGCAACGGACGGAAUAGGAAGGGGUUAUGCAUAUGAAUUGGCCCGCAAAGGAUUCAACAUUUUCCUCGUUUCACGGUCGCAGUCGAAGCUCGAUGAGACCAAUAAGGGUAUUUGUGAGAAAUAUGACAAGGUCGAGGUGAGGACGUUUGCUUUUGAUUUCUGUGCUGGCUCAGUGGAGGCUUAUAAACCGCUACUCAAUGCCUUAAAUGCAGUUGAAGUCGGAGUGCUUAUCAACAACGUUGGGAUGAGUUAUGAGUACCCAGAGAAUCUGCACAAGGUCGAGGGAGGUCUAGAGCGGAUCGGUGCCAUCACUACAAUAAACACACUUCCUCCCACCAUACUUAGCGCUUCACUGCUCGAGCAGAUGCUUCUACGUAAAAAAGGAGUCAUCGUCAACAUCUCUUCAAGUGCAUCAUACAAUCCUAUGGCACUUUGGGCCGUCUAUUCUGCUACAAAGAAGUAUGUAAAUUGGCUGACGGAGAUUCUUCGUAUGGAGUACACGAAUUCUGGCAUCAUAUUCCAAACCAUUUGUCCCAUGAUGGUCGCUACGAAAAUGAGCAAAGUUCACAAAACGUCGUUCUUCACACCGAGUGCUGAAAGCUUUGCAGCUUCUGCUGUGAGAACUAUUGGCUUGGUUAGUGAAACCUCGGGCUUUCUAUCUCAUCAAAUACAGAUCGAAGCGAUGAACCUCAUGCCGGCAGCGCUGGUCAACAGACUUACCACCAAGUUUAGUGUAGCAAUUCGUGAAGCUGCUCUCAGAAAGAAAAUGAAAACUCAGUAA